CCCGAAGAUUAGGACAUUGCUCUAUGAGCUGUUUGAUUUCGAGCUGUGCACUCAUCUACUUUUGUCGUGCAGCCAGUGAUAGAGCGCAGCAUUUCACUGAGACGGAGCUCGUAUCGCAAGUAUGAGAAUGCAGCGAACAAGCCAGAUGAUGAAUGGUGCCACUCGGACUGGUCCUUGUUGGGCGCCUAAGAUCCGCCUCCCCUGUCUUUGUCCUCCCACAUUCUUUGGCCAAAAUAUUGCCUUUGUCCCUCUGCGCGGACCUGCUUAAAAACGAUCUGGACUAUGAUCGUCAUCCACUCCAUCCAUUCCCGCUUUCCUUCCAUCAUGAACAGACCCGGCUAUCCUCCCUCCCACCAAUCUGGUGCGAGCCAACUUGUCCGUGCGAAUUCUCCAGCGUUUACCUCGACGUCUCUCACUUCGGCCCCAGCACACGGAGCAGUUACAAAUGUCCAGACUCAUCGCAGAAUGGAACCUGCUGUACCUAUGCCUCCCGAAACAUCUUCGACCUCACGGUCGCCUUCAGGCUAGAGCGCACCAUCGAGACAAACCAGCCGUCUGUGUCGCUGUGGCCGCGGAAGGUGCAAGUUGCGAUUUUCCUACCCUAUCCGAAUGAUGAUCGCUGUCCACGCAGAAUUACCGUUCCAACUGCAAUCGCAAAGAUCUUGCCUGCGUGCACGGAAACUCAGUAUAUAUCAGAAAGAGACGUUCCUGGUGUCGCAGAACGGUCCCGAAGUGAGCUUCCUGAAAAUGUUCGAGAGCCCACUUUAUCGGUUCAGCCGGAACGAUGGGAAGCGGAGGCGACUUUUCCUCAGGUGCGAGCCCUGGGUUGAUGCGGGCAGGAUUGAACCGGACAAGGUGGUGUGAUGUCUCUCUUGGGAAUGUUGAGUAUAAUCUGGGUAACUGGAUGCGCCACCGGGAUUGGUGUGUUGGUAUCGAGAACGCGAUUUUGAGUUCAGUGCUGGAUGCUUGGGAAAUUCGGACUGCGAAUUCUUCUGUGGGAAGAUCGUGAUGGUCUCAGUCUGAAUACUAUAUAUUUUUGACCUGCGGAGCUGUUACUGUUAACGAAGAAAGAGCCGUCGCAGUGUAUUACCUUGGCAUGACUAUGACCUCAAGAUAUCCGAGAAGUUAGUUUCCUACUCCGUCGUUUUCUGCCGGUCCUCUUUGUUUGUUCGU